UGCUCAGGAAGCCUGCCCAGAGAGGACUGUCUAGUGGGCAAAGGGAGGACUCCCGGGCUCCUGACAGCCCUGCUUCAGGCACACAUGGCAUUCAGGGAUGUGGCUGUGGAUUUCACCCAGGAGGAGUGGAUAUUGCUGAGCCCUGCUCAGAGAUCCCUGUACAGGGAGGUAAUGCUGGAAAACUACAGCAACCUGGUCUCGCUGGGAAUUCCAUUUUCGAAACCAAAACUCAUCACCGAGCUGGAGCAAGGGAAAGAAACCUGGAGAGAGGAGAGAAAAUGCCCACCAGCCACCUGUCCAGGAGAGCCGACGCCAGAGCUCCUGCGCCGUGCUUUCUGCGCCCCGGAUUUCCCCAGUCAGAAGUUCCACGUGCAGCACGUGCUGUGCGGCCAGCCCCCCUGGAUCUUCCCGUGCUUGUGUGCAGACAGUCACGCCCAGCCAGGGGAUCUGCGCCAGGGAAGCCAGAGAAAGCAGCAAGAAGCCUCUGACCCAAGCUGCUGGAGUGACAAAACAGAGGGUCCAGAGAGAGAAGGCGCCAGGCCUGCCUUCGGAAAGACAAAGAAAAGAACUUCAGCAGCAUUCUCCAGGGCCCCCCCGAGGCAACCAGGCGGCCCCAGGACGGGCACCGGCGGGGUGGCAGUAGAGGCCAGCCCCGCGCCCACGGGGAGUCCCGAGGGCACGGGCGCGUUGCUGAGGAGGAUGGAGGCCUUGGGGUUUGGGACAGUCCACUGUGGAGAGUGUGGGCUGGGCUUCAGCAAGAUGACAAACCUGCUCAGUCACCAGCGGAUACACUCGGCCGAGAAGCCGUACGUGUGCGGGGUGUGUGAGAAGGGCUUCAGUCUGAAGAAAAGCCUUGCCAGGCACCAGAAGGCACACUCGGGGGAGAAGCCCAUUGUGUGCAGCGAGUGUGGGCGGGGCUUUAACCGGAAGUCCACGCUCAUCAUCCACGAGCGGACCCACUCGGGCGAGAAGCCCUACAUGUGCAGCGCGUGCGGGCGGGGCUUUAGUCAGAAGUCCAACCUCAUCAUCCACCAGAGGACGCACUCGGGGGAGAAGCCCUACGUGUGCCGGGAGUGUGGGAAAGGCUUCAGCCAGAAGUCCGCUGUCGUCAGACACCAGAGGACACACCUAGAGGAGAAGACCAUCGUGUGCGGUGACUGCGGACUGGGCUUCAGCGACAGGUCGAACCUCAUCUCACACCAGAGGACGCACUCGGGGGAGAAGCCCUAUGCCUGCAAGGAGUGCGGGCGGUGCUUCAGGCAGAGGACGACCCUUGUCAACCACCAGAGGACACACUCAAAGGAGAAGCCUUACGUGUGUGGGGUGUGUGGGCACAGCUUUAGCCAGAAUUCAACCCUCAUCUCACAUCGGCGGACGCACACCGGGGAGAAGCCUUACGUGUGUGGGGUGUGCGGGCGAGGCUUUAGUCUGAAGUCGCACCUCAACAGACACCAGAACAUACACUCAGGGGAUAAGCCCAUCGUGUGCAAGGAUUGUGGGCGAGGCUUCAGCCAGCAAUCAAAUCUCAUCAGACACCAGAGGACACACUCAGGGGAAAAGCCCAUGGUGUGUGAGGAGUGCGGGCGAGGCUUCAGCCAGAAGUCAAACCUCGUUGCCCACCAGAGGACACACUCGGGGGAAAAGCCAUACGUGUGCAGGGAGUGUGGGCGAGGCUUCAGUCACCAGGCAGGUCUCAUCAGGCACAAGAGGAAACACUCGAGGGAGAAGCCUUACACGUGCAGGCAGUGUGGACUAGGCUUUAGCGAUAAGUCCGCUUUAAUCACACAUAAGUGGGUCCACUCAAAAGAGAAGCCCUGUGUAUGCAGAGAGUGUGGCCAAGGCUUUAUCCAGAAGUCAUACCUCAUCUUACAUCAGACGACACACCAGGAGGAGAAGCCUAGGUGUGGGAGGUGUGGGCAAGGCUUUAGCCAGAAGUCUCACCACCACCACAGGCCCAUCCAAACUGACUCUGAGACCUAUGGGGCAACCUUCUGACCCAUCACACUCUGAAAGUGUAGAUGUCGGUGAGGACUGAAUACUCAGUUUUUACACUUUGAUGAAAUGGAGCAGAAAAAUGCAUUCCGUAAGUGGUCGAAGGACAUUUGGCUUAGUUUACUUUCUUCACACUAAGUCUUCAUGUUUUGAGGCCUUUUGUUCUAAUAAACUUUGCUUCUUUACAAAUCUGUA